CACGACGAGAGAGGGGCUCAGGCGCGCGUGUCUCCCACAGCCACUUUUGUUAGGAGCUCUUUGCGCGCUUUUCAUCGCUGCUAUGACGACGGUGAUAUCCGGGCGAGAGGGCUCCAGGGCGAGCGAGCGAGCGAGCGGCGCGCCCUCCUGACGCUACGAGGCAAUUGCUCCCUGGAUCACGAGGAGGGCCAGGCAGUGUGUCGUGGGCUGGCAGGCACUUCAUUACACCCCUGGCCUUACACACCGCGUCGUGCCUUCCUCUCUCUCUCCAUCGCGGGCCGACGACGCAAACACAACCAUUCAUAAAAGGGCGGACGGUGAGGGCCCCUCGAAACGACAGAGCGCACCCGCCUGCCCUUUUUGCCUCCUUCCCCUCUUGACACAUGUCCUGGCUCGCUCCAUCCUCACAGUUCGACAUCAUGGGCGAUGGUAGCUACCAGACGAUGGCCCCUUCGCCGAGCGCAUCCUCGCCAUUGAGCGCACCUCCUAGUGCACCUCCCAGUCGACAAUCCAACGAAGGGAUGCGUCACUCCAACUCGACGACGACGCCUUCCCGCUCAUCUCCAGCCGUAGGUGCCGCCGCAUCCGCCCUUGACACGGCUGCCCUCGUUGCGUCGCCGUCUCUUGCACAGAGUGCGGGCGCGGGUGGUGGUGUAGCAAUGAGCAAUCCGCCCACCAGCGCCGAGUUGCUUAGCCUCUACGGCCCUCGUCCAGUCCGAGCUCAGUUCGCAUGCGACUACUGUCGUCGACGCAAGGCCAAGUGCUCUGGCACGGAACCCUGCACUCGAUGCCAGGCAAAGGGAAGGGAGUGCGUCUUCUCGACCGUCCGCAAUCAGCGCAAGGUCACCACCUCGCUGCGUGACAUCCGCGGCGAGGCUCAAUCGCAGUCGCAAAUGGGUCGCGGACGUGGCAGCAAGAGCACCAACAAUGGCAGCAGGGUCGGCCGCACCGUACUCAUGUCGCAGGGCAGCCCGUCGUCCUCCGACUUUGGCUAUCACCGUCAGGGAGGAGGCACCCCUCGCUUUGGCCCUUAUCCUCAAGUCCCGCCUCACUACCACGCUCACUCGCCGCAGAUGUACGGAGGCUCACCCGCUAUGACGAUGGCGUCCUCGUCGUCUUCGGCAAUGUGGUCCUCGCCCGACUCAUCGACGAUGUACCCAUACACGCCCAGCCUCCAGGGCUCGCCGGGACUGCCCAUUGGCUCCAACAGCCGCUUCUUCCCUUACUACGACGAUGCCAUCCCUCAUGGCACCUACCCUAUGCACCCUCAGCAUGCCGGUCUGGGCCUCUUCUUCGACGGCACCCCUCAACACGACCUCGCCCAGGCCAAUCAGCAUCUGCAGGUCCCUGCUCCUCCCCCGCCUCCCCCAGCUCCCGCCCCCGCCGCCGCCAUGAACCAGUACGCCAUGCCAGCUGCGUGGAGCGCCGGCGCCGCGGCUGCAGCUCCUCCUUCCGCUCAACUGUCGUCCUCUGCACCCGCCAUCACCACGACGACUUCUUCGCCUCCCCCCUCCAUCACUGGGGCAAGCCGUCCUCACCACCUCUUCACGCCCAAUGGCGCACGCAGCGCGUCGUACCAAGACCUGCCCGUCGCUUCCACCGCACUUGGCUUUCGCCCGCCCACGCCGCCCGCGUCGGACUGAGCGCAGCGGGUGCAGGCACAAACUGCUCGCUACCACGGCGCCGUAGUCGCAGCCGCAGCGCGACACGGGCAGCGCAAACGCAACAGAUUGCUCGACACUUCGCAGCUCAUUCCUUUAAUCGUUGAUAGCUCUAUAAUCUCGUCCUCAUCGUUACCGAGCACCCUUUCACUUGCUUGCUACCUCUGCAAUCAUCCAAUCACUCUUCCAUCA